UGGGCGCUGAAGGCUCGGCGUCGGGUCCUGGAAAAGCGGCGCAGGCAUUUAUACCACCGGCUGCUACUGUACUGACUUGUUUUUUAUUUUAUUUUAUUUUAAUCAAUUUACCCAACACUGCUGCCACAUAUGAUUCAUAUUUCUGAAUUUGAUGGAGUCCAAGUCCAACGCCACCCUCAGUGUGAUCCAACCUGGCAGCAAUGCAUCUUAGCCAAGCCGCCGCUGCUCCUCUCUCCAGCAUUCACCGUCUUGUUCGGGACGCGGCUCAGCCCGGCCAGGCCAGAGCCAUCGUAAAUCCUGGCAGGGGAAUGGAGAAGACUCUGGAACUGCAGACACCACAGCCUCCCAGGAGCUGCAAUUCACCUGGAGCUGCUGGGAAGUCCUGCUGGAGCCUGGAUGUGAGGGUGGCCGUGCUGCUGGUGACCCUGGCAGGAGCAGUUAUCCUGCUGCUGCUCUACAAACUCUUGCAGCUGAGACACAGGCUCAGACUGGCAAGGGCGAGGUAUGCUUUGGAAUACAGCGGCUUCUACCACAGCGCCACCUACAGACUGAAACAACCCACCGCUUGCCAGGAAACACCGAUGAAAAAUGGGACAAUCCCUGAAGAUACGACUCCGAUCCAAAGCAUAACAUCCACCAUCAUCAGCCCCCCCGCACCGCCUCCACCCACACUCCCACUCCCACCUACUCCUGUUCUGCCACCUCCACCUGUGCGCCGCUCACCUUCUCUCUCUUCCACUCCACGUGUCCUGUCGCUCCCUCUGCCUCUGCCUCGGAUCCACACCACCCCACCCAGCCCCCACCUGUCCUGGGGAGCCUGCUCAGAUGCAGAUGUUUAUUCCCGGAUCGGUGCUUUCAGGCCCUCCAGGCUCUCCAGCCUCUCCAGCCAGUCUACGGUCAUCCUUUUUGAACACUCUGCACUAUAAACUCUGACAUAUAACGUGACUGAUUGUGUUGAAUGAUGACCAAACUGAUUUAGGGGCAAAUUUAAUCCCCCCUUU